GAUACAUUGUGAUACAUUGUGAUACAUUGUGAUGUAGUGUGAUACAUUGUUAUGUAGAGUGAUGUAUCACAAUAUUUCUAGCCGAAGUAGCAAAAAAUCUAUCGCGCAUCAGAUGACUAUUAUUGUCGAACAAGAUUUUACAGGCACCUACAAAACAAGAAGCACGGAGGUGAUCCGGUUUUGACAUUUUGGAAAGCAUUUGGAAUACUGAUGGAAGAUUGUCUGUCAGAAGCCAUUAGAGAAUUUGAAUCCAUCCAAGAAAGUGAAGAAGUUGUCCUGUGUUGUUUGAUGGCAUUAAUCUAUGUACAUAAAAAGGCACAAUUAAUUGACAAGGAAAGUGUACAUGAAUUGGAAACAAGAUUGAAAAAGAUUCGAACAAGUGUUGGUGAGAAUGCGCUAUACUUUGCUGUAAUGUUUUUAUGGCACACAGGGCAUCAUGAAAAAGCAAGAGAAUAUGUUGACAGAAUGUUGAAAAUGUCCAAUGGUUCGAAAGAGGGAACUAUUUUUAUGUGGAUGGAUUGAUCUUACAAGUACACAAGAUUCUGCCAUUAAGAAAUCCAUAAAAUAUUUUGAUGAGGCUUUACAGGGAGCUAAAUCAUCAGAGAAUAUUGAUGCAUCGUUUGGGAAGGCUGCAUACCUUGUAAAGAAGAGUAAUUUCACUUUGGCACUGGAAUUUAUUAAUAAACAGAAUGUAUUUGAAAAAAUGAAAAGGCAGACAAGACAAGCAUACCUGCACAAUACACAGGUCCUCUUGAUCAUUCAAAUGUUCAGAUUGACUCUUGCGCUUUGGCGGGGGACAGUGUUUACAUUUGGCCCUGACGAAAGGACUAUGUCUCGUAUGAAAGGACCACUUGGCCCCUUUUUCAUUUUUGAUAGCUUUUUCCUUGAGGAGCUGCUGCUGUUCAAAAUUCGCUUGUUAUACUUCAUAGCAGGAAAAUAUUGCCUUGGUUCUAUGGACGAAACGGUGGCAAAACUGGUACCUGUGCAUUGCACCUCGACAUUGCUGUUGAUUGUUGUAAAUUUAUGUCGUGUCCUCGGCCUCCGCGAUUAAAAGAUCGCGCCACUUCCUCGUUUAUAGACGAUAAUUCAGAGUUUUCACGACAUGGUGAAAUAACUUCUGACAAUUCUUCGACUCGAGCUAAAAUGUUGUUAAUAAGUUGACCUGCUCUUGGUGACCCGUUGCUCGCAUUCGCAUCCAUCUUACAA